UUCAUACAAAAAACACUGCCAGUUAAAAGUGAGGUUCUUGGCAUGAACAAUUUAAACAAUAACAGUUUAAUAUAACACAUUUUUAAAUAACAAUGUUAAAUUAAUUAAAAAAGUUUAUUUUAUUAUACAGUUUAAUUUUUUUUUGAUUAUUUAUAUCAUUAUUAAUACAACUAUUAGAUCAAUUAAAUACUUGCAGUUAUUAUUCUGAUUAAAAAUGUUGUCAUAUAUGACUAAAAUUAGAGUAUGGUUGUGUGUACUAGUUGCCUGCAAAAUUACAUUGGCACUUAAUAAUGGAUUAGCUUUAACGCCACCAAUGGGUUGGCUUGCUUGGCAACGAUUCAGGUGUACUAUAGAUUGUGAUACUUUUCCAGACGAAUGUGUCAGUGAACAAUUAUUUAUGACUACAGCUGAUUUGUUAGUAAGUGAAGGCUAUGAUAAAGUUGGAUACAAAUAUGUUGUAAUUGAUGAUUGUUGGAUGACGCACAAUCGAACAGCAGAUGGAAAAUUACAAGCUGAUGAAAAACGAUUUCCACAUGGGAUUAAAGCUCUUGCUGAUUAUGUCCAUUCAAAAGGGUUAAAAUUUGGAAUUUAUGAAAGUGUUGGAACAAAAUCUUGUGAAGGAUAUGCUGGUAUUAAAGGUUAUGAAAAAAUUGAUGCUCAGACAUUUGCAGAAUGGGGAGUUGAUUAUGUGAAACUAGAUGGAUGCUACACAGAUGAACGAAAUAUGGACACAAAUUUUCCACAGUUUGGAAAAUAUUUGAAUGAAACAGGAAGACCGAUGAUUUACUCUUGUUGUUGGCCAUUUUAUCAAGAAGGUAAAGGAAUGCAGGUUAACUAUACACUAGUAUCUCAAUCCUGUAAUUUAUGGAGAAACUAUGGGGAUAUACAAGAAUCGUAUGCUUCUUUAUUUGAUGUACUUGAUAAUUUUGCGGUGAAACAAGAUAUUUGGGCUCAAUAUGCAGGUCCAGGACAAUGGAAUGACCCAGAUAUGUUAUUGAUUGGAAAUUUUGCAUUAAGUCACGAGCAAAGCCAAACACAAAUGGCUCUAUGGGCUAUAUUAGCUGCACCUUUAUUUAUGUCAAACAAAUUGUCUACUGUCCAACCAAAUUUCAAGAAAAUACUACAAAAUAUUGAAGUAAUUGGAGUAAAUCAAGAUAAACUUGGGAUACAAGGCAAAAGGAUCUAUAAGGACCAAGGAAUUGAGAUAUGGACAAAACCAGUCGAACCAAAAGAGAUAAAACACUAUUCGUAUGCAAUUGCUUUUGUUAGUCGUCGGACAAUGGGAACGCCAUUUUCAUACAAUAUUACAUUAAAUAAUUUAGGAUUAAAUAACCCAAAUGGAUACAAAAUUAAGAAUUUAUUUGACGAUAAUACUACAGUAAAGGUUUUAAAACCAAAUUCACUGCUCAAAGUUAAAGUAAACCCAUCAGGGGUGGUCUUAAUAAGAGCUAAUAUUAUUUCAAAAUAUGAUUACAUACAUGGUCCAUACUUUUGAUGACUUCUUCAUAUCAGGUAUAUGAAUACCUGUACUGGAACAGUGUACAUUAUAGAUAUGAGUUAAAUAGUUAGUAAAAUAAUCAAUAUUACCUACUAGUAAGUAAUUAGAAAAUCUAAAAAUUGGAAAAAUUGAAUAAAUAUUUUUGAACACAA